GGGGUGUUUGGAGAGGUCUGUAAUAUGAACGUGUGGCUGCUGAUAAUCCUGCUGGUCAUCGUAUGCGGUGAUGCAGAUUCAUCGAGGACUGUGUAUGGCCGCUACGGGUCCGAUCUUCACCUUCCACUGGUGCAAUUAUGCGAGGAACCGAUUAUUGAUGUUCAUACCGGAGAAACUCAUAUCGGCAACUACCAUGAUCAUGUACUACAGGGUUUUAGGAAAUAUAAGGAGCGCCUGCAGUAUGACCGUAAGACCUGCACAUUCAUAAUUAAGAGUUUCUCAAAGGAGGACGCUCAUAAUUUCACAUUCACUAACUUUAAGCGGACAGUUUCGGAGGAUUUCAAAGUCCUCAUCCCUGCUGUUACAGUCACUUCUGAGGAAUACAUCUCUAAUGAAUGUACCUCGGGGCUCCUCGCUCUUGGCUUCUCACUGGAUCCGAUUAUCUGCCUUGGAUUCAUCAUCUUGGCUGACAGAUUGAUGAAUGGUGGUAAGAUUGUCUCUUGCAUACAUGAGGGGGCUAUCAUCUCUUUUCUGGGUAAAGACUACAGGAGGUGGAUGAAUUCUGCUUGUAUGUCCAUUAAAUGUGUCUCCCUGCUCUGCCAGGCCAUCAGCCUCAUCUCACUGGCCUGUUGUGAAGGUAUACAUGGAACAGACUGCAUAUUCAUGACUGCUACCUUAUUUACAGUGAUUCAUUGGUUCCUUGCU